AUGAAGCUUCUCACUUUCAUGCUCUCUCUCAUCGUCCUCACAGUCUCCGCCCUCGCCCAACAGCAAGCCAGCGAUGCUCCAAUCACCGAGGACAACCCCAAGAUGGCCACCUUCCAAGCCGUUUUGCAAGAAGGCAAACCCAUUCAGGGCCAUAUCACGGGUGUCUCCAACGGCAACGGCACAGGCGUCAACUUCAAUAUCAACUUGUACGACUUCCCGGAUGCUGCCAUGGGCCCCUUCAAGUAUCAUAUCCAUGAACUUCCCGUUCCUCAAGAUGGAAACUGCACCGGCACCGGCGGCCAUCUCUCCCCUUACGGACGAAAUGACACUCCCGCAUGCGACGCCAGUCAACCGGGUACCUGCCAGCCGGGCGACUUGAGCGGGAAACAUGGCGCAAUUUCUGACACCGCACGCGAGAAAAGCUUCCAAGUCACGUACCUUGACCUCUACCUUUCUACCAAUCCGCGGUCUGCGUCGUUCUUCGGAAACAGAAGCGUCGUGGUGCACGCCGCGAACGGCACGAGACUGAACUGUGGCAAUUUCACCCAGCAGCUGGCUCAGAAUGCAACCGGCACAGGGGGCACGUCGACAACGACUACGACUGGCGGCACGACCACACCGACAGGGGCAGGGCAGGCGUUGGCAGCCGCUUCAGAGAUCGGGCUUGUGUUUGCAGCUGCGAUGCUGGCGUACGCAGUCGGAUCGAUGUAA